AUGUCCCAAGAGUAUAAACUAAAAGACAUCUCCUCCCUGGCCUCCGUCUCCCCUUAUGAGAAGCGCGAGGUCGAGGUCGAAGGUAUCGAAGAUGGAAAGGUCCUCCUGUUAAACCACGACGGACAAGUCCACGCCCUCAGCCCGCGCUGCACGCACUACGGUGCGCCCCUCAAGAACGGCGUGGUCACGCCGGAUGGCCGGCUUACAUGUCCCUGGCAUGGCGCAUGUUUCAAAAUCUCAUCCGGCGACGUCGAAGACGCACCAGCCUUGAAUGCGCUGAACAAAUUCGACGUUUUUGAAAAGAACGGCGCCGUCUACAUCCGCGCCACCGAAAACGAUAUCAAAUCCGGACAGCGGGACCCUGUUCUAAAGUGUGCUGCCUCCAAGGCCGAGGAGAAAGUCGUCGUCAUUGGAGGAGGAAGCGGCACCAUCAGCACCGUCCAAACCCUCCGCGAACUCAAAUAUCCCGGCUCAAUAACCAUAAUCUCCACCGAGUCCGACUACGUAAUCGACCGUACAAAACUCUCGAAAGCCCUCAUCCCCGACGCUUCCAAGAUCCUCUGGCGUCCAAAGGAAUGGUACGAGCAAGCUUCCAUCGACAAGGUCGUCGAUGAAGUGACAUCCGUCGAUUUCAAGAAUAAAUCCGUCUCGACGAAAUCGGGAACCAAGUUCCCGUAUACGAAACUCGUUCUUGCGACGGGCGGUAUACCCCGAAACCUCCCACUUCCGGGAUUCAAAGAGCUGGGCAACAUCUUCACGUUGCGCACCGUCGAAGAUGUCCAGAAGAUUCUGGGCGCCCUGGGCGACUCCAAGCGCAAGGUGGUUGUGAUAGGAAGUUCAUUCAUCGGAAUGGAAGUGGGCAACGCGCUCAGAUCCAAGGAGCACGAUGUGACGAUCGUCGGCAUGGAGAACGCGCCCAUGGAACGAGUCAUGGGCGCGGACGUCGGGCGGAUCUUCCAGCGCAAUCUUGAGAAGAACGGUGUUGUGUUCAAGCUCUCUGCGUCCGUUGAGAAAGCCACGCCGUCCGACGAUGGGAAGACCGUUGGCGCGGUUCAUUUGAAAGAUGGAUCCGUGCUGCAGGCCGAUGUCGUCGUUCUGGGCGUUGGAGUCCGUCCGGCGACGGAUUUCCUGGGUGAUGCUAUCAAGCUUGAGAAGGACGGGUCUGUCGCGACGGAUUCGCACUUCCUGAUUCCUGAAUCCGAGGAUGUCUUUGCUAUCGGUGAUAUAGCCACGUUUCCCUAUAACGGGCCUGGAGGGAAUGGGGCCCCGGUGCGGAUUGAGCAUUGGAAUGUAGCGCAGAACUCGGGGCGGGCCGUUGCGAAGGCGAUUGUGCAUGCGCAGCGGGCGCCUGUGAGGUCUGCGUCGGUGAAGCAGUUUAUUCCGAUUUUCUGGAGUGCGUUGGGCGCACAGUUGAGGUAUUGUGGGAAUACGGUGAAUGGGUUUGAUGAUGUUGUUUUGAGGCAGCCGGAGGAGACCAAGUUUACGGCGUUUUAUACCAAGGGGGAGACUGUCGUGGCGGUUGCUACGAUGGGGAUGGACCCGGUUAUGAGCAAGUGUGCGGAGCUGAUGAGGGGUGGGAAAAUGGUGUCGAAGAAGGAGGUGAAGGACGGAGUCGAUGUUUUGCAAGUCGGUGUUUAG